AUGUAUAAUUUAAUAUUCUUUCUCGAAGGCACUGCAGAAAACCAACGCCUUGCCAGUGCCUUUCCAAUGAUAGCCGACACUUACAUGAUGCUCGGAGCCAUAAUUCGUAGGACAGUCGGUAUCGCUCUUUACAAGUCAACGACGCCCAUUCUUCCAGCAUAUUGGAUCAGCUGCAUCACCCCCGUCCAACCUGCUCGAGGUGAGGACAUGACGGCUAAACUAUCGAUCAGCCUCACGCUGCCGUCGCGUCGGGGUGACUCACGUGUGAUGCAGACAUUCAACUGA